AGUUGCUGAGUCAUAUUACACACAUACUAUGGUAGAUUGUUUAUCUAAUAGGGCACAAUUUCUUAGAACACCAAUAGCACUCUAAUAGGCAAUUCACACUACAAAAAUUCUGUGGAGUAUAUACUAGAGAUAUCGAUGUUAUUUGUCUUAUAGGGCGCAACUCUUCACAUAGGGUACGAAGUGGGUGUACGACCGAAUGGGUUGUACGAGUUCCAGUAGUACAUCUGGGUAUUAAAUGAUAUCACCUGACUCUUCCCACAUUUCGGUUUUAGGUUUGCAAAGCUUUCCCGAAGCUUGUCUUGCUCAAGUACAUAUAGAAAGUGAUGAGUACAACGAAGUCGAGCUGUUUUUUUACAAGACUAUGGGACGAUUCUUAUUCAAAAUCAUUGCAGUUGAGCGAGUUCAGAGUGGCCGUCUCUGGUUCAAUUAUCAACUUGCAAAAGAAAGAAUGAAAAUAAAGAACGAAGAUGAAGAAGUCAACGAGAAACUCUUGUUUCACGGCACAAGGCAAACAGAACCUUCGCAAAUUUACAAAAGCUGCAACGGAUUUGAUGUAGUCUACGCUCGUCAAGGAUUGUGGGGUAAAGCAAUCUAUUUUGCUGAAAAUGCUUUAUAUUCAAAGGACUACUCUUAUAUAAUACCGCACUCUUACAACUGCAGACAGAUGUUUCUAGCAAAGGUCUUAACUGGUGUUUGUUGCGACAAUGCUCCGACGGAUGUGGAUCGAAGACGAACGAAGCCCGAGGUUGAUGGCAAAAUGUAUGAUUCGUUAAGUGGCAUGGCAAAUGGGUCAAGAGUUUAUGCCGUAUUCGACAACUUGCAUUCAUACCCGUACUAUUUGAUUACAUACUCUUCUACUGUACCUGGUCUUUGAAACUCACCGAGACAGCGAGCUAAACCAGUGUUUUUACGUGAAAUAUUUGUGCAGUAUUUGUAGUGCUUUUGCAUUUGCUAAAUUUCUAAUGCAAAGAUUUCUGUGUGUGAAGCUGA